AUGGAUAACUACGAGGAAGGAUUCGAAGAGCAGGAGGAGAGAGAAGAAGAGCGCACUGAAGAAAAGAUCAUCAAUGAGGAAUACAAGACAUGGAAAAAGAAUGCACCCUUUCUCUAUGACAUGAUUCUUAGUACGGCUUUAGAGUGGCCGACUUUGACAACACAAUGGCUUCCGGAUAAGCAAGAAGUCCCAGACAAACCCUACUCAACCCAUCGCCUAUUGAUUGGUACGCAUACCUCGAGCGAUGCGCAAAACUAUCUGCAGAUCGCCCAUGUGCAGCUUCCAAACCCCACCGCUCCCAACCCCGAUGAUUACGACGAGGAACGAGGCGAGAUUGGCGGAUAUGGGGGUAGCUCCAAGAAGGCCCCGAUGGAGAUCAAGUUCAACAUUGUGCAAAAGAUCGACCACAAGGGUGAAGUCAACAAGGCACGGUAUCAACCGCAGAACCCAAACGUCAUUGCUACCAUGUGCACGGAUGGAAGGGUGAUGAUCUGGGAUCGCUCGAAACACCCAAGUCUGCCAACGGGGACAGUGAACCCUCAAAUGGAGCUUCUCGGCCACACAAAGGAAGGCUUUGGGCUUAGCUGGAGUCCGCAUGUUGCGGGUCAUCUUGCGACAGGUAGCGAGGACAAGACUGUUCGCCUCUGGGACUUGACGACAUACACGAAGGGUAACAAGGCUCUCAAGCCUUCUCGCACGUUCACACACCAUAGCUCGAUCGUCAACGACGUCCAGCACCACCCCCUCCAUUCGUCUCUCAUUGGCACCGUAUCCGACGAUAUCACUCUCCAAAUCGUCGAUGUUCGGGAAGCAGACACGACUCGUGCGGCCGCUGCUUCAGCCGAGGGCCAGCACCGCGAUGCAAUUAACACUAUUGCAUUCAACCCGGCUGCGGAGACGGUUUUGGCUACUGGAUCGGCAGACAAGACUAUUGGUCUAUGGGAUUUGCGUAAUCUGAAGAGCAAACUUCACGCACUCGAAUUCCACAACGAUUCUGUUACCUCAAUCUCCUGGCACCCGUUCGAGGAGAGCGUCUUGGCCAGUGCAAGUUACGAUCGUAAGAUCAUGUUCUGGGACCUUAGUCGGGCAGGCGAGGAACAAAGCCCCGAAGAUGCACAGGAUGGGCCUCCGGAGCUUUUGUUUAUGCACGGUGGCCACACUAACCGUAUCUCCGACUUCAACUGGAAUCUCAAUGACCCUUGGGUUCUUUGCUCCGCCGCAGAGGACAACUUGCUGCAGGUCUGGAAGGUGUCGGAUGCCAUUGUUGGCAAGGAUCUGGAAGAUGUGCCGACUGAGGAAUUGGAGCCUUGA